GAGAGAAGGAAAGGAGAGAAGAGGGGAGGGGUGGGGGCGAGAGGUAAAUAGUCUUAAAUCGGAAGGGAGCUGCUUCUCUGUGGUCUUGACAAGCCCUGCCUGGGCUCCGCCGGCUCAGUAAUAACUGAGUGACCUUUUCUUUGGCUGUAUUAUGUCUGGCUGGGAAGGGAUUGCAUUUUGCAGCUGAGAGCCGGAGCUUCCUUCAGCUCGGCUCCUCGCGUGCUGCUGGGGUAAGUUGUCUUGAGCCAGGACGGAGAGAGACAGCCUCGGACUGCAGUUGCCUAAAAGGAGGACACCUGUGGCUCAGAUGUGGUCAACACCAUUACUUGGCGGAUCCUUGAGGACCUCAUUAUUUUAAACUUAAAAAAUAGAGAUUUCCCUCCCCCUCUUUUUUUUUUUUCAAACAAUGCUUCUUUUUGACCUUUCCCAAGGAGAAGCCCUACAAAGCAGCCACUGUGCUUUCUGAACGGCCUCCCCCUGUAUCGCUUAAUUGAGAAGGUAUACAAAUGCUCUCAGUCCAGCCAGACACCAAGCCGAAAGGUUGUGCUGGCUGCAACCGAAAGAUCAAGGACCGGUAUCUUCUAAAGGCACUGGACAAAUACUGGCAUGAAGACUGCUUGAAGUGUGCCUGCUGUGACUGUCGUUUGGGAGAGGUGGGCUCCACCCUGUACACUAAAGCUAAUCUUAUCCUUUGUCGCAGAGACUAUCUGAGGCUCUUCGGUGUGACGGGAAACUGUGCCGCCUGCAGUAAGCUCAUCCCUGCCUUUGAGAUGGUGAUGCGCGCCAAGGACAACGUUUACCACCUGGACUGCUUUGCAUGUCAGCUUUGUAAUCAGAGAUUUUGCGUUGGAGACAAAUUUUUCCUAAAGAAUAACAUGAUCCUUUGCCAGACGGACUACGAAGAAGGUUUAAUGAAAGAAGGUUAUGCACCCCAGGUUCGCUGAUCUAUCAACAUCACCCCAUUAAGAAUACAAAGCACUACAUUCUUUUAUCUUUUUUGCUCCACAUGUAUAUAAGAAUUGACACAGGAACCUACUGAAUAGCGUAGAUAUAGGAAAGCAGGAUGGUUAUAUGGAAUAAAAGGCGGACUGCAUCUGUAUGUAGUGAAAUUGCCCCAGUUCAGAGUUGAAUGUUUAUUAUUAAAGAAAAAAGUAAUGUACAUAUUGCUGGAUUUUUUUGCUUGCUAUUCGUUUUUGUGUCACUUGGCAUGAGAUGUUUAUUUUCGACUAUUGUAUAUAAUGUAUUGUAAUAUUUGAAGCACAAAUGUAAUACAGUUUUAUUGUGUUACCAUUUGUGUUCUGUUUGCUUUGUAUUGUUGCAUUUAGUACAAUCAGUGUUUAAACUUACUGUAUAUUUAUGCUUUCUGUAUCUACCAGCUAUUUUAAAUGAGCUGUAACUUUCUAGUAAAGAAUUGAAGAGCAAAUCUCCCUAAUGAUACACAUAUAGAUAAAGCAAGUCUAUCAACAUUAAAAUACUAAAAAAAAAAAAAGAAGAAGAAGAAGAAAUGAAGACACACACAAAGCAUUUUAGCAACAUCCACUAUUAUCGCCACUAUGAUUUAGAGUCUAUCAGUGUUCUCAUUAUAACCCCCGAUUUUCAGGGGGUUAAAGAUCAGCUUUAAAAAUGCAUAAAAAUUUCAUCUUAAAGCACUUUCAUUUUAUACCAACGUGAAAAGUGCCAUUUUUAGAAUAACUUUAAAGCUUAGCAAUUAUCCUUUUAAUACCCUUUUUGUGUGUGUGUGUGUGCUCUUUACCUACACAAUGGCUUUGUUUUGUUUUGUUUUGUUUUUCAGCCACUUACCCCUUAUGUAAACUAGUGCCUUUGGGUAUCAUGUAAAUUUUUCCAAAGGGUUACUUUAGACAAGUGUUACCACAAUUAUGAGAUAAUUUUAAAAUGAUAAAUUUCUUGUACAAAUUUUGCCCAGAUUUCUCCCUAAGAGCUAAGGGUUUAAUAACUUGAUGGCUUGACAAAUUUCUGGCACUGAAAGGAUUUGAGUGCAAAUCUACUGAAACCAUGAUAAUGCAUACUGAAACUAUGAUGAUAUUUGAGUGGUGAGCUUACUUUUUUGAUCAGAGCAACAUAGUGCUCGCAGAAUCUUCUAGAAGAAGAGAAACAAAGGGAUUGUCAAAGAGCUGAGAACUGGUGAUUAUAUAUUUUUCUGUAUUUACCUGACACUUAUUUUAAUGUUCAAAAAGUGAAGACUAAAAGUUUGACAUGUCUUACUCUUACUGCUUUCUUUAAGUAGUUACCCGCUCAGAAUAUAUAUAUCACGCUUAAGCCUGAAAUCUGUCAUUCCAUGUUUUAAAGGUGAAAAAUUAUUCCUUUACCAACAUGAUAGAUGAUAAAGAAGAAAGCUUUCUAGAAACAAAUUAUGGAGACCGAUUAUUUCAAUUAAAAUUAAGGAAAUAAAAAUAAGACUAUGAUCCCUUCUUCUGGGUUGCUCACACUUUGCUUCUUCGCUUCUGCUCCCUGUAAUAGAACUACUUUUCAACAAAUCUAAUCCGACACAGGCACAAUGAAGCAUAUUUUUGCUAGAGCAAAUUUAGUGCUGUGGGUUUUCUUUUCUUUUCUUUUUUGAUCACUUGUAUAGGAAACAAUUAUUUCCCGGUGUUAUUUGCAUACAUAUUUUGUCCUGCCAAUAGAUGCAUUGCAGAUGAAAAUUAAAUGUGAUACCUUAAUUCUUGGUUUGGGGCCAAAAUAUUAAACUGAAAAUAAUGCUGGUGUGGAUUUUUGUUUUAAAACAAAGCUUUAUUAUGAACAUGCAUGUGAAUCUGGAUAUUGCCUUUCAUUUUUCAGAAAUAGUUCUGUGAAAAGUGAAUGAUAUGUAUUUUUACAAAUACUUCAUGGUUAAGAGUGUUCAAGUCACAUGUCCCCCAGAUUUGAGAUAUACUGAAAAAAAAAGAAUUUCAAAAAUAGCUAUUUGGGGCCCACAAAGUAACCAUUAUUUUAGCCUUCGAGCCUUACAUUUUUUUCAUGAUAAUACUUGCAUAGCCAAAACCAAAACCCAAACCGAACAAAAGGUGGUGGGGGGCAGGGGGAUCCAUGAAAAGUGGUUUUUCUCAACCAGCCCUGUGAGCCCCCAUUAAGAGGUGUCUGAAAUUCAUGUGGAUGUCAAAUUGUAAUUGCCAGUAUCUUUUUCAAAUGAUCAUUUUUAGAUUUAAAUGGUUUUGCAUAUGUUUAUCAAUAUGUCAAAAUACUUGUAAAUUGGGAACAAACUUCUCUUAGCUCCUGGAAGCUGUUCAAUUAUCCUUGCACCCAAAGACCAAACAAGUUUUUAUUGCCUUUUCUUUUCCCAAAUCCUUCGGGAAUUAAUUCUUAUGCUUUUUUACUACAAGCAAAAUUACUCACCUGGAUUAAAGAUUAAGGCCUUAAUCUCUUUAAAUUAUCUCUAAUCUCCAUGAAAUUGUGAAACCAGACAGAAAUGGGUCAUUUUAUAGCUAAUUUACCAUAAGUAGUAGCAUUUUUGACCUGAAGUACUAACCUAAUUGUCUUGACUACGCAAAGUCCCUGAAUUGUCGUCACCUUUCCUCUUUGUGUUGUGUAGCCCUGACGUCACUUAGCUUGUUGCCCGAUGCCUCCAGUAGGACACCUCCAAAAGAGCUUUGAUUUCUCAAGCAGUUUGAAAGCUCCCUUCCUAACAUGCAUCUCAGAGAGGCUGCCUAUGAUGAAGGACCAGGCACCUCCACUCCACCAGAGUGCUGGCUGAGUUUAAAAGCUGCCCUGUGUUUGUAAUUUCACUUUCAUCUUGCUUAAUAAAUAUCUGCUGGAUUCUUUCAUUCAUUUUUUUAUAUCUGGAUUUAUGUUUUUAAUAAAAGGGGUAUUAUACUCUUUGAUUGCACUUAAUUGGCAAAAUCUAAGACAAUAUCUAGAAAGCGUACAUUGUGUCCGCUUGAAAAAAAAGAAUAAAGUGUGUAAGGACACUUACUUUCAAAAGGUAAAUCAUAACAAGCCUAGACAAAGUACCUCAAAUGCUUUCUCCAAAAGUUAUAUUUAAGAUCUCAGAGCAAGGUAGUUUAUUGUUAUUUACUUUUGUGGGGAAAAUAAAACUGUCAAAAAUGAAGGUAGCAAAUUGCUGGGUGU